AUGGGUGAAAAAAUCAAGAAGUUGAUUAGAGCUGGUGCAAACGCUAGACGCGCGAAGGGCGACCUACCGUUUCAUGUCACUUCACAGCAAGACUACAGUUCUCGACCUGGCGUGUUGCAGGUCGCUUCAUUACCUGAGCCUGAUGCAGUUGGAGAUCAAUCGAGAUCAUCUGGCCAGCAGGUAUCAAGAACAGGUUCGUCGUCGGCAUCCCCAAAUACGGGCUUCUCACACAUCUCGCCUGGAUUUGAGGAGCACCUGGAAAGUAUCCAUCCAGAGGAACGGUUGGCGGCGCUGGGCCCAGCUUGGGAGCAAGACUUCACCAUGAUAUUCAUCGAUUUUGUCUUCCCGCUGUUGUUCCCAUUCUACCGACCACCUGCCGUGGCAACUAGCAGGGCCUGGUUGUUGUCCUUUGUCAAACAAAACAGGGCCACAACUCACGCUGUACUGAGCUUGAGCUCAUUCUUUUUCACAUUUGGGCUGGCAGAUGUCUUCCCCGGGAAACAUGACGCAUGUAGGUAUACCAUGUGGGGGCAAGUAGUUGACCAGGCUCGUAUGGCGUUCGGAAUGCUAAACGUGGACUUGGCCUCGAUGACGGAGGGUGGACGCCAGGCAACACUACUAGGGAGGGCACGGAUGAUGGCAACUAUCGUCCAUCUGAUGAUAUUUGACCUCUUCGUGGGGCGGACAUCGGAUUGGGAGGUUCAUCUUGCGCCUGCACUGCUAAUUUUUGAGGAUAUUGCCAUCGAUGUGGGACUGGGAUCCAAUGAGGGGGUUGGAAUGUCCGUUAUUCUAGAGGCUAUGAGCUGGCCCCGACCAUAUUUCCCUGGCUUCCAGCUUCAGCUCUGGAACCCGGACCAGGCAAACUUUCGAUUCUUUUCAGCGCUGCUUAUUGUGAUUGAUAUCUUAGCCAGCACGUCACUCCGAAGAGAACCGUGUCUAAGCCAUCUUCACAAUAAGUUGUUAGGAAAUGUGCCCCCUGAAGAGAUAAACCAGGCUUUGGACCUCUUUUCUUUCGUUGGCUGCCAAAAUUGGGUUCUCCUUGCCAUUGGAGAAAUCGCCGGUUUGGAUGCCAGAAAGAGGGCCGACGUAAUGAACCGCAACUUUGAUCAAAAGGAAUUUGACUUGCGAGCAAGGAGAAUCCUCAAGACACUAGAAUCCGGAAUUGUAUCUAUCAAUGACGGCCUACAAUCGAUCCCUAUAUGCGGUUCCUCCUUGUGGUAUCAGCCUGGACAUGGCCCCUGUGAGGGAAUUCGAUCUCUUGUGCCAACAAAAAUAUACGCCCAUGCUGCGCAAAUUUACCUUCAAACAGUUAUUCAAGGUCCCAACUUGAAGGCCAGUUCAAUAAAUUGGCACACGAAUUCAAUCGCACAGUUGUUGCGAGAAUUGCCCGACCCGAGCCAAAUACGCACACUUUCUUGGCCAAUUUGCAUUGCGGGGUGCUUUUCUUGGGUUGAGGAAGAACAAACAUGCUUCCAAAACAGUCUUGCUUCUGUGGGAGACAUUCAAUCGCGGAGCGCAGCUCUGGAGGCGAGAAAUAUUAUGAAGAAAGUAUGGAGUUGCCGAGAUAGCGAGGGAUCUUAUAGGUGGGACGCCGCCGCAUGUCUUGGGGCUAUGGGUUAUCCAGCGCUUCUUUUCUAA